AUGCGCGCGGCCAACGCCUCGGAGGCGAUCGUCGAGCGCAUCAUCGCCACGCACCUCCGUCCCGGCAUCGCCAACCUCGCGCCUGGGACGGCGCACUGGUCGCCGCCCGAGCGCCUCGUCGAGGCGGCGCUGCGCGGCGACGGCGGGUAUGGCGACAUCCGCGGCGAGCCGGCGCUGCUGGCAGCGCUGCGCGAGGAGCACGGGCGCGAGCACGUCAUGGUGACACCCGGCGCCAACCAGGCGUUCGUGCACGCGCUGCUGUCCACCUGUGACGUCGGCGACGAGGUGCUUCUCUGGCGGCCCUACUACUUUUCGCACCUGGUCGCGCUUCAGCUCCUCGGCCUUGUGCCUGUCUUCGCCGACUGCGACGAGCGAGGCGAGCCGACGCACGACCUACAUCAAUGCCAUCAACAGUGCAGCCUCUGCUCUCCACUACGGGUAGGCCUGCCGACGCCCGGCGCCGCGUACGAGCACUUCACCUACGGCGCGGCGGAGCACGCCUCGGCGGCAGAACUGUGCGAGGCGGGCGGAGGCGAGCUGCUCCUGUGCCUGCGCACCUUCUCAAAGUCGUACGGCCUGGCGGCGUGGAGGGUCGGCCACCUGUCCUACCCGCACCAGCUGCACGACGCGAUGCUCAAGGCGCGAGAUCACGCGAGAUCGCCCGAGAUCGCCCGAGAUUGCACGACGCGAUGCUCAAGGCGGUGGGACGCGCCGCCCACGCGCACGCGCGGGGGCUGGUGCAGCAAUGGGUGGUGGAUGUGUGGGCAGGCGCUGGAAGGGCUCGGCGAGGCGUGGGUGCGCGAGCAGGCGAGUGGGGAGAUCUGGGGAGAUCUGGGGAGAUCUGGGGAGGUUGCGACACUCGAGCCGGCGCGGGCGAUGUUGUGGGAGGCGCUGGCGCCGCUGCGCGGCGGGGGGGACGCCUUGCAGCCCGCCGGCGCAUUCUACUACUUUGUGAGGCUGCCCGGCUGCAGCUCGCCCGGCGCCCGGGUGCUGGGCGAGGGAGGCGAGGGCGGCGAGGCGGCGGAGGAGGAGCCCAGCGGCCUGCUGCACGCCUCGCGCCUUGCCGACUGCGAGGCGGAGGAGGAGGCGGUGCGGCGGCUCGCGGCGGAGCACGAGCUGCUCACGCUGCCUGGCUCGGCCUUUGGGCGGCCCGGCCACCUCCGCCUCUCGUACGGCCGCCUCGCGAGCGCGGAGGAGGCGGAGCCGAUCGCCGAGAGGCUGUUUCGCGCCGCGGAGGCGCUCCGAGCGCGUUGGGGCGAGACCUGA